AUGGUUACUUAUCGUGAUUGGGAAAAAUAUGCAUUAGAUACGAGAGAAACUAAAGAUAGUGUUUGGGUAAUGUUUGAUGAUGGUUCACAAGAAAUUUGUGAUAUCUUAGUUGGCGUAGAUGGAAUUAAUUUUCCAGCACGAAAACAGAGACAACCCGAAUUACAAAUUUUCGAUAUUGGAUUAACAAAUAUCAUAACAUAUCAAAACAACUUAUGA